CAAGGCGUCUUUCUCCUGUGCAGCUGCAAACCCCGAAGGGAUCCCGUCCCCUCGCUCAUCUUGGUACCUGCACAAACCGAGCCGCCUCCGCUGAGAAUUGUCUACCUGGACGGGCGAUUUUCGGAUGCGUGCGCGUCGCACACUUGCGGGGACUUUCGUGAGGUUGCACCGAUGCGCGACCCCGGACCCCAUCGUUUAACGGAUUCACACGGCCUGGCGUGCAGUGGUGCGCGGUAAGCGAGGACUAUGUGGCUUGCGCAAGUCGACCGUUGGUCUGAACCCGCUCGACCCGGUCCACCUGGACGCUCGCUGAUAAACCUUUAAAAAAAAUCUGCUCAAAGCUCGGGGGAGGAAAAAACGGACUCUGAUGCUGAAACCAUAACGGUUGAACACUGAAUCCUCUACUCAAGACGGCAAGUGAAGAUGGGUCCUUGGUGUUUAAUGUAUAUUUCAUUAGACUGGCGUCCAGUCUGAUUAACAUCAUCAGUGAUGUAGUCAGCCUGUGCAUCUGCGUGCUCAUCAUCUGCAGUAAGUACUCACAUCUGCUCAAAAGGGAGACCAUGAAGAUGAUCCUGCUGCGAAAAUUCCGUGUUUUGAUCCUCAUGGUGUUCCUGGUGGCGUGCUCCAUGCACAUCAUGAUAGACUUGCUGCCCAAGCUGGAGAGGCACGGCGUGGGCGGCUGCUCCUGCUCGCACACGCCCAGCGAGGAGCCGCGUAGCUGGGCCAAGCAAGGCUGGCCCAACAAGCACGCGCUGCGAAUCCUGCAGGACUUCAGCAACGAGCCCAGCACCUCCAACGUCUCGUCCCACUCAUUGGAAAAGGGCCCCACCGCCGGAGACAAGUCGCAGGGGUUCAGCGUGCAGGAGCAGGGCGCCCAGCGCGGAGACAGGAAGAGGCAAUUCAUCCAGGACGCUGCAGUCAGCAAGAACACCCCGGCCAAGGGUUCACGGAUGGCGGCCCUCUUUGAGCACCCCUUGUAUAAAAGGUCCUUGCCGACGCUCACGGACGAGGACACGCUUUUCAACGUGAACACGGACAUCCAAUUUGACCCAAAAGCAGCGGAACAGGAGUGGAAUGGCGAACGCAAUCCAGAUGAGUUCGGCCCGACGGGAGAGCUGACGGCCGACUCCUAUCCCAAUUGGCUGCGCUUCCACAUUGGAAUUAAUCGUUACGAGCUCUACUCCAGACACAACCCCGUCAUCGACGCUCUGCUCAAGGAUCUCGUCAACCAGAGGAUCACCAGCGUGGCGAUGAAAUCCGGAGGCACCCAGCUCAAGCUCAUUAUGACCUUCCAGAACUACGGACAAGCUCUCUUCAAGCCCAUGAAGCAGACACGUGAACAGGAGACGCCCCCAGACUUCUUCUAUUUUUCCGACUUUGAAAGACACAACGCUGAGAUUGCUGCCUUUCACCUUGACAGGAUUCUGGACUUUCGCCGCGUCCCUCCCGUGGCCGGCAGACUCGUCAACAUGACCAAGGAGAUCCGAGAUGUCACGCGGGAUAAAAAGCUCUGGCGGACCUUUUUCAUAUCGCCAGCCAACAACGUGUGUUUCUACGGGGAAUGUUCGUACUACUGCUCCACGGAGCACGCCCUCUGCGGCAAGCCCGACCAGAUCGAAGGAUCCCUGGCCGCCUUCCUCCCGGACCUUGCCCUCGCAAAGCGCAAAACCUGGAGGAACCCGUGGCGACGCUCCUACCACAAACGCAAGAAGGCAGAGUGGGAAGUGGACCCGGACUACUGCGAGGAGGUCAAACAGACUCCCCCCUACGACAGUGGGACCAGACUUCUGGACAUAAUGGACAUGACCAUCUUUGACUUUCUCAUGGGAAACAUGGACCGGCAUCAUUAUGAGACGUUUGAAAAAUUUGGAAACGAGACUUUCAUCAUCCACCUGGACAACGGCAGGGGGUUUGGCAAACACUCCCAUGACGAGAAGUCCAUCCUGGUUCCACUGACGCAGUGCUGCAGGGUACGCAAGUCUACCCACUUGCGUCUGCAGCUGCUGGCUAAGGAGGAGUACAAGCUGUCCACACUGGUGGCCGAAUCCCUGGUGAGGGACCGUCUCAGUCCCAUCCUCAUCCAGCCCCACCUGAACGCCAUGGACCGCCGACUGCGCCAGGUUCUGCAGGUGCUGGUUGAAUGCAUUGAAAAGGAGGGCUACGGCUACGUGGUGGAGAACGACCUCCAGGGGAGCCAGUGGACAGAGCACAACGGGCCCAGGCGGAGGUAGCUGGCCUGGGGACCUUAGAGGCUGCAUGGCACUGGAUUUGGGGGAGGAUUUCACUUGGCUGCUGAUCCCAAGUGAAAGGAUUGCAGGCCCAGCCGCCUAAAGGUCAAAAACUAGCCCACGCAACAGAACUUGAACGCAGGUGACGACAUGCGGAUCCUUGGUUGAGCUGGGUUCGAACCACGUACCUUGAGUUGGACGUACACCUUGUCACCUCAACCUCUUGGGGGGAGGGGGGACACAAAAAACCACCAAGUAUCACUGCAGCCAGACUAAACCCACUGGAGCACAAGCAGACCGUUGAAAGUCUUGUAAGAGACGCUUUGUCUUUGUCUCCUUCUGGACCUUUUCUUUUGAAUUCAGUGAAUUCCGAGGGACUUGCCGCCACUUUCCAAGCUGACAAAUGUGUUUCUACGUACUGAUGACAUCACAAGCAUUCAAUUGAG